CACGAAAACAAGCACCGUGUGCCGCUGGCUUAAGUCGCCAUAUUGAACAGUUCUGUUUAUCAGUGACUUGAGAAGAUGUUUUGUAUACUUAAGUGCCCAAAAAAGAGCAUUUCGGUGUUAUAGGAAGAAAGAAGAAGGACCAACGAAGAACAAAGAGCGUGUGGCAUCAUAACAUUAACAUUCACGUACAUUUCUUCAAGAUGGUGUGGAAGUGUUGUGUUCCACAAUAUAAGUCCACAUCUCAAAUAUCAGUACAUCGCUUCUCAAAGGAUGCAUCGAAAAGGAAACAUUGGCUAACAACUAUAGGCAAAACUGAUUUGAUCGGUGCGCCUAAAGAAAUAUUGGCCAAAUUGAGAAUCUAUAUGGAACAUUUUCCAGAAAAUAUGGUACAGCCUUAUGGGUCUAGGCGACAUCUAACCAAUAAUGCUGUACCAAUAUUACAUUUGCCUUUAAAUUUUUAACAGCAUGUUGAUAUUAACGUUAACAAUAAUAUUUGUGAGCAUGUUAGUGUAGAACAUGUUCCGAACAAUUCUGCUUUUGUGCCACUGCCCAUAAACAUGGGUGAAGAGACAGAAAAUGGGUGAAGAGCAAGAAAAAAUGAAGAGGAAGAAGAAAUCUAUGUUUUAAGAAGAAACUUGAGGACACAAUGGAAGAUGUUACACAAUAAGAAGAGGAUUAUUUAUCAUCAGCAUCAGAGAAUCAACAGACUGCAACGUGGGAAUACAUGGGAUGACAUCACGAAGGACAUGUCAAACAUACAGAAGACUUUCUUCCAAAUGUUGACGAUAAAUUUAAAAUGUUCUCCAUAGUGAGAACCAAUAAAGAUGGACUCACAUAUUGUCAUCCAUUGGCCGUAGUUAUACAGAAAGCAGGAAAGCGAAAUGCUACAUGGUGAAAAAUAUAAAAACGAAAGAGGAAGAAUAAGUACGUCGCGCUUCGGGAGGUAAUGGGGGAAGCGCGGGCGUUGCCUCUGAAAUUGGCUUGUGCUGCUCACUUAAUUCCCAGCACUGAUUUAAAGUAUUGAAUAAUACUCAAAGUAGGAGGUAUGAGCUUUUAGGAACAUACAAUGAAAGAUCCACCAAUGUCAUACAAAGAGAGGAACAAACAAUCACGAUGAAACAUAACAGUGACGACGAUGAAAUGAUGUAAAAUAUUACGAAAGAGUAAAAGGAGGCGGAAACGACGGAAACGUGCAUACUCGGCGAGGAGGGAUCGCCCCUGGAGUAGCCUAAAUAGACCGAGGGAAGGAGAUGGAACGAAGGAAGAGGGACCGUAAGGAAGGAAGGAGGAAGUGGGGAGGUAGACGAGGUUGAAAAUUCGCGGAAGCCUGGUGGGAGAUCGUAUCGAAUCCCUCCGAUUAUCCCGUACACGACUCUGUGCCACCGGACACAUGAUUCCGCGUUUCGCGAAAUGUGCUAUAUGCCGGCACUCAGCUGUGAUCUGUAGUCUGUCCUACCCGCCGGUAUAACCUUGAAAAUCCUGCUGCGGCUCUUGCGAAAGAAAGAAAGAGAGAGAAAAAGAGAGAGAGAGAGAGAGAGAGAGAAAGAGAGAGAGAGAGAGGGAAAAAGAGAGACGUGCCUACAAGAUCCGGAAGCGUGUGUCCACCUUCGAGAGCAAGCAUCCGGCGAAGAUAUAUCCGAUUGCUGAGACUGUAGUAGUAGACGCGGUAGGACUCAUCUGAAGAAACAUGUAUGGACUAAUCCUGGAAAAUCUAGCCGAAUACAUAAGGCAGGUUUACGGGGAAGACAGGUGGGAGGAGAUCCGUAGGCAGGCGUCAGUGAAUCAACCGAGUUUCAGCGUUCACCAAGUCUAUCCAGAGAACUUGAUACCGAGGCUGGCAAAGAAAGCGAUCCAGGUGCUUGGCGUGACGGAGAAAGAGUUCUUCGACCAGAUGGGCGUGCAUUUUGUAGGAUUUGUCGGUCAAUAUGGCUACGAUCGCGUACUUUCGGUACUUGGACGUCACGUGAGAGAUUUCCUCAACGGCCUGGACAAUCUUCAUGAGUACUUGAAGUUCUCCUAUCCGCGAAUGCGAGCACCUUCGUUCAUCUGUGAAAACGAGACACGACAGGGUUUAACUCUUCAUUACCGAAGCAAACGCCGUGGCUUCGUCUACUAUACGAUGGGUCAGAUAAGGGAGGUGGCGCGGCAUUUUUAUCACAAAGAGCUGCAGAUCGAAUUGGUGCGCGAGGAAGUGCUGUUCGACACCGUGCACGUAACAUUUCAGCUCACCUUCGACAAUCGGGCCUUCACGCUUGCCUCGCUCGCGAUGACUCGUGAGGAGAAGCAUCUACCGAUCGGCGCGUGCGUCCUCUUCGAGAUAUUUCCCUUCUGCAUUGUCUUUGGUUCGGACAUGGUGGUCAGAAGCAUCGGCAAUUCAUUAAUGGUCAUACUGCCAGAUCUUGUCGGCAAGAAGAUUACAUACUUCUUCGAUUUAGUUAGGCCUCUGAUCGCGUUCAAGUUUCAAUCGAUACUGAAUCGGACGAACAAUAUUUUCGAGUUAGUUACGGUCGAGCCAGUGCUUACAGAUCGAUUGAAUGACCGGCAUAGAAACGAAAUUCUCUUAAGCGACGAGCUUGAAACUGUUGAAGACAAGACAUUGAGACUGAAAGGUCAAAUGAUAUACAUGGACAACUGGAAAAUGAUGAUGUAUCUUGGUACACCCGUCAUGCCCGAUCUAAACGCUUUGAUAGCGACAGGCUUAUACAUAAACGAUCUAUCGAUGCACGAUUUUAGUCGGGAUCUUAUGCUCGCUGGGACUCAACAGUCCGUGGAGCUAAAACUGGCGUUGGAUCAAGAACAACUGAAAAGUAAAAAGCUGGAAGAGUCAAUGAGAAAAUUGGAUGACGAAAUGAAACGUACGGACGAGCUAUUGUACCAAAUGAUUCCCAAACAAGUUGCCGAUCGUUUGAGGAACGGUGAAAGUCCGAUAGAUACUUGUGAGAUGUUCGAUAGCGUGUCCAUUCUGUUCUCGGAUGUGGUGACGUUCACCGAGAUUUGUAGCAGAAUCUCGCCAAUGGAAGUUGUAUCCAUGCUAAACGCCAUGUACUCGUUAUUUGACACUUUGACCGAGAGGAACCGAGUGUACAAGGUCGAGACCAUCGGCGACGCUUACAUGGUAGUUUCCGGCGCGCCAGUCAAAGAAAACGACCAUGCAGAUCGCGUGUGCGACAUGGCGCUCGAUAUGGUCGAAGCGAUAACUGAUCUCAAGGACCGCUCAACGGGUAAUCACCUACAGAUACGCGUUGGUAUUCAUAGCGGCGCGGUCGUGGCCGGCAUCGUCGGUCUGAAAAUGCCACGGUAUUGUCUCUUUGGCGAUUCCGUCAACACAGCAUCUCGUAUGGAAGCGACCAGUCAGGCCAUGCAGAUACACAUAUCUCAAUCCACACAAGAACUAUUGUCGCCCACGUACAAGGUCAAGGAGCGCGGGGAGAUCGAAGUGAAGGGAAAAGGCACAAUGAAGACCUACUGGCUAGAAAAGCGAGAGCGUCGUUCUGUCACGACUAAGGGGAUCACCAUACAGGAGCCACAUCAGUGGCACACUAAGAACUUCGAGAAAAGAGUUUCCUCGGUGAGCGCGAUAGGUCUGAUAAGCCCGGGCAUGUUCGAAAAACCGAUUUCUGGCGACAUCUUGUCGAGACGCUCAUCGAAGAUAUCAUCCCCGACGCCACCUGGACCCUCGGGAAUUUUUCCUGAGGAGAGAAGAAUAUAUUCUCCCAUCACCUUUCAGGAUGUCGCACGACGAUCUGUCGCGAACUCACCAACGAAAAAUGUAGAAGUCAAAGAGUGCCGAUCGAAUUCCAUGGGCGCGGUGGGUGUAAGAAACGCGUCGGAUAUGUUCAUUUCACUUUUGAGUGACACAGAAGAACACUUCCGGCAGCACAGAAACAGUUUGUCCGCGCGUUCGGACAAUCAGUCCGUCGCAGUACAUAUAAAACCUGAAGUGAGGAUUAAUGCCACCUCAUCCUCAUCCUCGUCUACGUUCUCAGAGCGUUCCGACGACGAGACAAAUCCGUCCCUGGAUUUACAAGUGCAGAAGGAAAACGUCAGCAAUACUAACGAAUGCGCUGCGUUCAACAGCAAUCUCAGUAACUCGCAGCUACUGAUGCAGCAGGACCAAUGCUGUCCUGGUUUUACUAUGUCGAAGGGCAGUAAGAUGCGCUACCAAGGAAACGGAUGUAUUAUUUUCUAAUGCGGAAGUUUAAGAUCGUUUUGAAACGUUCGGAUAUCGUCGAUUAUGGCACGCGUGUGUGUACAUGAACGCGUAUAUCAAUUUCUACAAUUAAAUAUGUCAAUAAAUUUUCCUCAACAUUGUUUACUUGAGAGAUUCGAUAUAAAGUGUAAAACGGUAAAGAUGAAGAAAUGUUAUAUGAAAAGUAGACAUAGCUUAUCGUACAGUUCUCUCAAAUAGUAUGAAUUUUCCAUUUGGUUUUGACAGCUUCUCAUAGUUAAACGAAUAAUAUUCCCUAGUUGAGAGGUCCGCACUAUAUGUCAAUUUUUAGAAAUUGGUUUGCUAGGAUAUUUUGU